AUGCGCUUCUCUGCAGCCUCAGCCCUCCUGGGCCUGCCUCUCCUCGCCAGCGCGCAGGAUGUGCCGGAAUACCAGGCUCAGUUCCAGAACUAUCUGGACAAGUUCAUGUCCUAUGUCCCCAACCCGAGCAAGUCGGACCCCAUUGGCGCCGCCCAGGCCAAGGCCGGGUCGCUGAAGAUGGACAUCUUGACCUUGAACAACUGGAGAGAUGUUCUCUACAGCCACGUCACUCCUCAGACCGAGACUCCCGAGGAGACCUGGGUGCUGAUCACCGGAGGAAACAAGACCUGCUUUGGCCACUGCGAGAAGGUCGAGACCGCCUUCAACCAGACUGCCGCCAAGUUUGCGCUGACCCCCGGCGCUCCUCACACUGCCCUGCUGAACUGCGAGAACGAGCCCGUCCUCUGCAACUCGUGGUCCGCCCCUACCGGUGCCCUCUGGAUCUUCGAGAUGCUGCCUCCCCCCGCCGAAAUCAACCUCUACGCCAAGCGCUUCAACCUGACCACUGUUACCAGCGACGACUUCGCCCAGCUGCAGAAGGAAGGACACAAGACCAACGCUAAGCUGCACGAUGGUAUCUUCCACCCAAUCAACGGUUGGUUCGCUCAGAACGGCGUGCAGACCCCCGUAGGAUACGUCCUCUGGUUCUUCAACCUCGUUCCCAGCUGGCUCUUCAUGGUCGUCGUCUCUAUGGUGUCCAGAACUAUGAUGGGCAACCGAAUGGGUCAACAGGGUGCCCGCGCUGGUCCCCGUCCCGCGGCUACCGGCCAAGCUCAGGCUCGGUAA